GCGUUUUUGCGACAGCGGCGCCGUAAAGCGCGAAGGUGUUGACGGUACCUGAGGAGGAAGCGCCGCAGCAGAGCAGCCAUGAGCAGAGCUGGGCGCAGCGGGGCUGGGCAGCCGCCGGCCGCCGCCGAGCCCAGCGCUGCCGAGCUGGAGGCCGAGCUGCUGCAGCUGGGGGCGAAACCUGGCGGGAGGCGGGGGAGAGCUCCGGUGUCCAUGGAGGCCAUAGAGAGGAUGGCAGCGCUGUGCAUGCGGGACCCGGGCGAGGAGGAGGAGGAGGAGGAGGAGGAUGAAGAUCUGGAGGGCGAGGAGGAGCUGCUGGUGGGAGCUGAGGGCUCCUCCUUUUGGGGGAAAUUCGGCCCAAAUUGGGGCUUUGGCGCCGGAAGUGGUUAACGAGCCGCCCCUCGUUUGCAGGCUGAGCUGCAGGAGGUGCUGGGGGGCGGGGGGGGCGACUCAGGGGGCGCGGAGCCCCCAAGGAAGGUAAGGGGCUGCUGGGAUGGGGGGUCCUGGAAGGUUAUGGGGUCGUGGAAUGGGUUGGGAGGGUCCUGGAAGGUUAUGGGGUCGUGGAAAAGGUGGGAGGGUCCUGGAAGGUUAUGGGGUCGUGGAAAAGGUGGGAGGGUCCUGGAAGGUUAUGGGGUCUGGGAAUGGGUUGGGAGGGUCCUGGAAGGUUAUGGGGUUUUGGAAAAGGUGGGAGGGUCCUGGAA